UGCUUUUCAAAGAUGUCUAGAAAUGCACACAUUUUGUGCUCUUGUAGGAAGUAAUAACUCCUCCAUUGCUGACUAUAAAAUGAUCUAUAACUGGGCUAAUAACUCACUAACUAGCAAAGGAUAUGAACAAAACAUGGCUACUUGCAACUCUUGCUUUGAUCUCAAAACAAGCAUAUCUACUCGUGACCACAGCUGUAAAUACAAUCCAGUUCAAAGUAAACGGCACAGAUCCAUUUAUGACAAUAGUCUAUUUGCAUAUAGGCCUACUGCAGCUCUGAUUGGCUAUGCCGCACCAGUCUAGAGGAUGCACUGAGUCGUGCACAAUAGAAUCCUACUCCUAUGCAUUCUGCCUCCUAGUUUUCGUUUUGUUUCGGGAUGUUGCAUUGAAAGUGGCUAAUAUUGCGUUGAUUCGAUCACAAUUGCCACAGUAAAGGGAAACAAUGAUAGUGUUAACUAGCAGGGGAAAACUCUAGAAAGUCGAGUGAAGUUCUAUCUCCCGCUUCUCUCUGUGGGCAGACAUUUCUCCUGCUCUCUGAUUGGCAGUCCCGUGGGAGCUGCGCUUACACGCGCGCUUUAGAGGGGAUGUUGGGUGGAAAGCCUCAUGUUUUCAGACCAAUGGUUGCUUACAUUUUCAGACCAAAUGGUUGCUUACAUUUUCUCAACAUGUAACAUAACAUUAUCUAUUUUAUUCUAAUUACAGCGCCAUAUUCUAUUCGAUUGUAAACUACUGUAUUGUGUUGCGUGGUAUUUUAUCUCGGGUCAGUGGAUGGUGUUUUGUGGAACUGUGUUGUGUGGCCUAUACCACCAACAACAAAAAUAUACAUUUGGCAUAGAUAGGUGAAUGAUUUUAGUCGGCAGACCAGAGUCGGAUGUUCGGUUGCAAAAUGUAGCCCCUCCCCCUAUCUUGCCCAGUGCCAAAUUUCAACACAGAUGGCGGAGAGGGUUCAAUGGGCAGGGGGUUGGUUGGCCCUACGUGGUGACGUAAAACUGGCGUUUACAUUAGACGUGUUCGUUUUGCAUGGCCCGGUGCCCCGGUCAGCGGAGUUUAAACGUUUUAGACCACAGGUGUCAAACUCAUUCCACGGAGGGCCGAGUGUCUGCGGGGUUUCGCUCUUCCCUUGUACUUGAGCAAUGCAUUAAGGUCACUAAUUAGUAAGGAACUCCCCACCCCUGGUGGUUUUGGGCUUAAUUGAAAGGCCAUCCAUGGAAUGAGAUUGUCACCCCUGUUUUAGACAAUUCCGCUAUUGGUCCUUAAGGGAAAUCUCCACUCACCCGAGGCAGCUGGCCAUGCAAAACGAAUGGCGCCCAUUGAUUCUUCGCUCGACGCUGACCUGAGUGACAUCUCCAAUCAUUCUUUUAAAACAAAUGUAGGGCUACAUAUGUUGAGUUUGAACUGCUUGUGAAAGUAGGCUACUGUUUUGUCAACAACAGCACAACAGGAACAGGAAAAAGUUCGCCUAUUCAGGCUAGCUAGGCUACUUGUAAUGUAGCCUAUGAGUGAUUUGUCUUGUCUACCCUUUGCACUUCGAAUUAUUUCUUGGUUGUUUAGCUAAUUUUAACUUCACAUAUUCAUCUCAGGGAAUGUCUUUGCUUUAAACUGCUUUAUUUGCUAACGUGGCAUCAAAUAGAAAGUGGUGUCUGUUGUAGUUUCUGAUGGGUGAACUUCGAGAGGUGGUGUAUCUGGUUUGGCUUGUGUCCCAAAACUAGAGUACUGUCAAAAGAUCUGGGAGCUGUCGCAUAGUCAGGCUACUCUGAACUCUCACUAAAAUGUAAGAGAGAGGCAUACGCGUCUGUAUUGUAUUCACCAGCACGUCUUAAUUAAUCAACUUCAACAUGAGCGGCGAACAAGAAAAACCUUCCUUGGUUUAUGGCGAAAUCAACGACAAUCAAAAUGUGUCAGAUCUGGAAAACAUGACAAUUAUGAAGUCUGCCGGUGACAGCGAGGACGUGCGCAUGGAGCACAAGAUACAACUCAACCGGAACGGCGACGAUACAACCCAAACCAUCAAACUAUACAAGCGACGAUGGUUCAUCGUGUUGCUAUUCAGCUCGUACUCUCUCUGCAACUCGUUCCAAUGGAUCCAGUACGGAAUUAUCAACAACAUUUUCAUGAAGUUCUACGGGGUAGAGUCUUUCACCAUAGACUGGAUGUCAAUGAUAUACAUGCUGACUUACAUCCCCUUCAUAUUCCCAGUCACCUGGCUACUGGAUAAGAAGGGUCUCCGUGUUAUUGCGCUGGUGGCUACAGCCAUGAAUUGCGCGGGGACUUGGAUCAAAGUGACCAGCGUGAGACCCGACCUGUUCGCGGUCACCAUGCUCGGACAGUUCUGCUGCUCCCUUGCGCAGGUGUUUAUCCUCGGGAUGCCGUCGAAGAUCGCCUCGGUGUGGUUCGGAUCGGAGGAGGUGUCCACCGCUUGCUCCAUCGGGGUCUUUGGAAACCAGCUGGGUAUAGCCAUCGGGUUCCUGCUACCUCCCAUCCUGGUGCCUAACGUUGAGGACAUGGAUCUGCUGGCCUAUAACAUCAGUACAAUGUUCUACAUCACAGCAGGAGUUGCUACACUGCUCUUCAUACUGGUCGUCAUAGCGUUCCAGGAGCGUCCGGAGCUCCCUCCCACCCAGGCCCAGGCCACAGCUCGCUGCAUCCCUCCAGAACAGUACUCCUACACAGCCUCCAUCCUCAGGCUGCUCCGAAACAAACCCUUCCUCCUCCUCAUCCUCACAUACGGUCUGAACGUGGGCUGCUUUUAUGCAGUGGGCACACUACUGAACCGCAUGAUCAUCGAGCACUACCCUGGCGAAGAGUUGAAUGCGGGCAGGAUAGGCCUCACCAUCGUUAUCGCUGGCAUGGUGGGAUCGCUGAUCUGUGGCAUCUGGCUAGACAGAACCAAAACAUACAAACAGACUACCCUGACGGUCUACCUCAUGUCCUUCGUAGGGAUGUUGGUCUAUGCCUUCACCCUCAGUCUGGGUCAUCUCUGGAUAGUCUUCCUCACUGCUGGAGCUCUGGGGUUCUUCAUGACAGGCUACCUGCCCCUGGGCUUUGAGUUUGGUGUGGAGCUGACCUACCCCGAGGGUGAAGGCACCUCUUCAGGCCUACUCAACUGCUCUGCACAGGUGUUUGGUAUCAUUUUCACUAUCUGCCAGGGGAAGAUCAUAGAUAACUACGGGACGCUGGCAGGAAACAUCUUCCUCUGCGUCUUCCUCUUCAUCGGAUCGGUCCUCACGGGCUUCAUCAAGUCAGACCUGCAAAGACAAAAGGCCAACCAGUUAGCCAAGGCAGCUGCGGAUGGACGGCUCUCUGGGCAGGACUACGGGGCCACGGCUCUAAUCAAGAAGCCGGACUGCCCUUCUACUUCUCCUCAGGCUUGAUCACUAACCCCUACCCCCCUGUACCCUAACCCCUACACUCUUAGCUCGAACCUCAAAACGGGCCAAGGUAGGGGCACAGCCAACCAAUAAUCACCACACGCUUCCUUGUUUUCUAUUCUCGUAGGAGUGAAUCCUAACCUCCUCUUUAGUCUCCCCCAUUUGACAUCAGUGCAUGACCAAGUGGACGUUAGGAUUCACUCUCCUGUACACCUUUCACUUUUGACCAGGGGGUUUCCUGGAAGCUUCGUAGUGCUAAAAUAAUCUUUCUUUUUGUCCAUUGGCUAAAAUGGACUUCAGAUUAUUCUAAGUGCUAGGAAGCUUUCGGAAGGAAAAAACGUAGCCCUAACACUCCACCCCACUCAUCUCAAUCCUCUUGUUUUUCUAUCUUCACUUCCCUCUAAACUCUCCACCACACGCUCCAGAUUACAUGAUUAGGCACAGGUUAUUUUCACCAAGAGUAUGUAGAAUAAGAUGUAUGUUAUAACGUUUUAACCCACGUUUGAUGUGUAGUGUUUAGUACCUGUAUGUGUAUAUUUAUGUAGCGUGUUUAUUUGUGCUUUAGUUAUUUAUCCGUUGUGUUGCCAUGGAUACUCAAAACCGUUGGUCUGCUUGUAUUUCAGACUAAUACUGUUUGCAUCAGGAUUAGGGUUUUAGAAUUCCGGUAACUUCCCCAAAUUCCCAGUUUUCCAGAAAUCCCGGUUGUAAGAUACCUGGAAUCGGAAGGGAAUAAGCACAGAAUCCUCCAGCUGAGAUCUCUGGAAAACCUGGGAAUUCGGGGAAAGUUACUAGAAUUUUGCAAACCCUAAUCAGAAUCGUCUUUAGCUGGAAUGUGAUUGGCUGAUUGUUUUUGAUUGACAGGUCCUGUCAGUCCCAGAGGAUGGGAACAUCUCUGCCCCCGCAGUCCUCGACGGAACCAGGUUUUAGAGACUCACAGUCUGCUGGACACACGCACACACACACAGUAAAUCACCAAUUUAUGACCACUUCCCUUUAACACUGUCCAAUAAGGCUCCAUUAUCACUGGCAGGCCAAAUCUGAUCUUUUUUUCAUUAAUUAGUCUUUUGACCAAUCACAUCAGAUCUAUAUAUAUCAGAAUUGGGCUGCCUGUAGAAACGCAGCCUAAGUGUCUUCCACUUGUAUGCAACUGUCUAAUGAGUCUUUCACUAUUUAUGCCUAAUUGUACUAAUACUAUUUCUGUAUUAUUUAUAGAGAAAUGUGUUUAUAUAUACAGUGCCUUAAAGUAUUCAUACCCAUUGACUUUUUCCACAUUUUGUUGUUACAGCCUGAAUUAA